AUGAUCUGUCUCAAAUGGAACGAGGGGUUUGCAUUCGCCGAGAGGCGGGCAGCAGACUUCGAGACUCUACGUGUGGACAAGAUCGAGCGGCCCCCCUUCGAGAUAACGCGCUUCCACGUGUCCAACGUCACCGCGGAGGAGUUCAGAGACAAGUACGAGUCGAUACACGAGCCCUUGAUCAUCGACGGCGUGCCGGAGGCGGAGGGUUGGGGAGCCGCAAACUGGACAAUACCCACCCUCGCACGAAAGUACCCGAAUAUGACGGUGACGGUCGGUACGGACGACGAAGACAAACCUAUACGGUUAUCCAUGAAAGACUUCGAGCGGUACUCUGACACGAACACGGACGACACGCCGAUGUACGUCUUCGACUGGCGGGUGUACGACGACCAUGUCGGGAAGGAGGCCAUGUCGGAGUACCGCGUCCCUUCAAUCUUCACGGAAGACCUCUUCCAGCUGGUGCAGGGGCACAAGGAUUAUCCGUCACACAGGUGGCUACUUGUGGGGCCCAAGAGAUCGGGUAGCAACAUCCACAACGACCCUUUGGGGACGUCCGCCUGGAACACCCUGCUCAGCGGGAGGAAGCUCUGGUUCAUCGCCCCUCCCCACCUCGAAUGUGCGUACGGAUGUCGUCUCUUUUAG